AUGUCCCUGCGGCUGGUGGGUGGAGGGAGCCGGUGCGACGGACGAGUGGAGAUCUUCCAGCACGGGACGUGGGGCAGAGUCCUGGAUGAGCAGUGGGACGUGCAGGAGGCCAGCGUGGUGUGCCGGCAACUGCAGUGCGGAGAGGCAGAGACAGCCUACAAUCCCCCGAAGGCUGAGAGAGGGACGGGUCCCGUGGGGCUGCGAGGGGUCCGGUGUGCAGGGCACGAGGCCAACCUGACCCUCUGCAACACCUCCCUGCCUGCGAGUGCACCAGGAGCAGGGAUUGCAGAGGACGUGGGGGUCGUUUGCUGGGGGAGCCGGCAGGUCCGGCUGGUGAAUGCAACUGGGCGCUGUGCGGGAAGAGUGGAGAUCUACUACCAGGGCAGCUGGGGGACCAUCUGUGAUGAUGGCUGGGACCUGUCUGAUGCCGCAGUCGUUUGCCACCAGCUGGGCUGCGGAGGGGCGGUGGAGGCAGUUGGCUCUGCUAAGUUCGGGGAAGGCUCUGGUCAGAUCUGGCUGGAUGGUGUGAACUGCUCCGGGGCCGAAGCUACCCUCUGGGACUGCCCGGCAGGGUCCUGGGGGCAGCACGACUGCGGGCACAAGGAGGACGCAGGAGUCGUCUGCUCAGAGUUUGUGGCCCUGAGGUUGGAGAACAGCAGCAGCUGCUCCGGGCGCCUGCAGGUUUUCUACAACGGGACGUGGGGGAGCGUUUGCUCCAACUCAAUGACUCCCGAAACUUGGUCGCUGGCAUGCAAAGAGUUGGGCUGCGGGGAUGGAGGGUACCUGGCUACACCCCCGCUCUACCACAACUUCUCUGGUCCCACCUGGUUGGAUCGUGUGGAGUGUGGGGAGAGAAACAGCUCCUUCUGGCAAUGUCCCUCCGCUCCCUGGCACCCGCAGUCAUGCGAUGACCUGCGAGAUGAGACCCACAUCACCUGCAAUGGGAGACGGCCAGAAACACCCCCGGCCCUAGGGACCCUGUGCCCAAACUCCACAAGCUGCACAGACAGGGAGAAGAUUCGUGCCGUGGGAGGCAAGAACGGCUGCUCAGGCAGAGUGGAGAUCUGGCACCGCGGCUCCUGGGGGACGGUGUGCGACGACUCCUGGGACAUGCGGGAUGCCGAGGUGGCAUGCAGGCAGCUGGGCUGUGGCCCCGCAGUGUCUGCUCUGAAUGAGGCUGCAUUUGGGGAGGGGACAGGCCCCAUCUGGCUGGAGCAGGUGGAGUGCCGGGGGACAGAGCCGUCUCUGCAGGACUGCUGGGCCCGGCCUGGGGACAGCGGUGCCUGCCGGCAUAAGGAGGAUGCUGCUGAGAACUGCUCAGAUCCCACGCGGGGCCGUCCGACCGGCAGCAGGAGUGUCUCAUUGCCCGUCAUCAUCUGCAUCAUCCUGGGAGCCCUUCUCUGCCUGCUCCUGGCCCUCCUGGCAGGGCAAGUGCGAAGCGCCAGGGCUGGGCGCAGAGGCUCCGAGAGAGCUUGGGAGCCCUUCCCUGAGGCCGUCUAUGAGGAGAUUGGUUACAGCCCAGCUUUGGAGAAGCAGGCAAGGUUCAGCGGCUCAGGCUCCUAUUCAGAGGGGUCCCUGACCAAGCUGCAGCCCUACCCUGGGGACAGCAAGGAGGAGGAUGGUCCAGGGUCAGCACCAGACAUCCCUGUCCUGGCUGGAGGUGACCCAGUGGAUGGCUACGAUGAUGCCAGGGAGGCUUCUGACCCUGGGGAGGAUCCUGCCCCUGGGCAGGAAGGCUGGGAAAUGCCCAGGGCACCAGAGGAGGGAGCAGGGCCCAGGGGUGCACCUGGAGUACCCACCUGGGGUGGCUUGAGUUCGCAGCAAUCCAGGACGUUUGUGGAGACCAUUGAUGAUAAAAUCCUCAUCCAAGUGACAGAGGAGACAAUGAGAUGUGUUUUGCUGGACCUUCUCCUCACCAACAAGGAGGUGCUUUUUGGGGAUCUGAAGGUCAAAGGUGGCCUUGUGACCAUGAGAUGGGGCUGUAGUGACCACGAGAUGGUGGAGUUUAGGAUCCUGAGGGGAGGGUGGAAGGUCCCUUAG